GCGGCGUCCAGCAAUGAGCUACCCUCGCUGGUGCCCCGUCUCCCUGCCUUGCUGUUGGUCCACGCGCUGAUCCCAACGGGAUUACGGGCGACCUGUGCUCCAUAUGCGGCAGCCAGUGGAGAUAGCCGCGACGUGGUGAACACGAUCCGUUCCGGUUACUUCUAAUCGCACUCCCCCCAUUUCCACACAACACCUGCUUAAACUAAUCCACUUCGAGGUUCCAGUUCCAGUUCCUCUCGUAGCUUCAGAUCUCCGCUUGCAUCUCAGUCUAGCGGGAUGAGCGAAGCGCAGGCGCCUCUCAUCACCGAGGAGGCGGCGGAGCGCGGCCUGGCGUCCUCUGGCAGUCGCCGCCUCAGCGACGGGGGCGGCGGGCAGGGCUCCAGGAAGUACCGCAGGCGGUCGGACGCGCUAGCACAUGGCGACCGUUACCAGAAGGCGGCCGCUCUCGUCGACCUCGCAGAAGAUGGUGUAGGUAUCCCUGAGGAUGUCUUGAAUGAUACGAGGUUCGGGAGGGCAAUGAGUUUCUAUUUUGUGUAUCUCCGGUUGGACUGGCUGUGGUCACUUAACAUAUUUGCUUUGAUACUUUUGAAUUUUCUCGAGAAGCCUCUAUGGUGUCGGAAAGAUGCUCUACAUGCUUGUGAUCAAAGGGAUAUGUACUUUCUCGGCCAGUUGCCAUACUUCAGCAAAACUGAAUCACUCAUUUAUGAGGGGCUUACACUUGUUAUUCUUGUAAUGGAAAUUUUGUGUCCACUUUCUUAUGAAGGCCUAAAUAUUUUCUGGAGGAGCACCACAAAUAAGUUGAAGAUUCUUCUUCUCUUCAUCUUAGCAUGCGACAUACUGGUGUUUGCCUUUAGUUCCCAACCUUUCAGAUUAGCUCCAUACAUCCGUGUAGUGUUUCUAAUCAUGACUAUCAGGGAACUGCGAAUGUGUGCUAUCACACUGGCCGGUCUUAUUGGGACAUACCUCAAUGUAUUGGCCCUCUCUCUGUUGUUCCUCUUAUUUGCAAGCUGGCUAGCUUAUGUAACAUUUGAGGAUACUCCACAAGGAAAGACCAUUUUUUCAUCAUACGGUGUAACACUGUAUCAGAUGUUUGUCCUCUUCACCACCUCCAAUAAUCCUGAUGUAUGGGUACCUGCUUACAAGAUAUCCCGCUGGUAUUCCCUAUUUUUCAUCGUCUACGUGCUUUUGGGAGUAUACUUCCUGACAAAUUUGAUUCUUGCUGUCAUCUAUGAUAGCUUUAAGGAACAGUUCGCAAAGCAACUUGUUCAGGUGGACGCUAUCAGGAAAAAUAUAUUACAGAAGGCAUUUGAUCUUAUCGAUACCAACACUCGGGGUUACCUCGACAGGGAACAGUGCAUAUCAUUGCUUAAUGAGCUGAACAAGUACAGGUCCUUACCAAAAACCUCAAGGGAAGAUUUUGAAUUAAUUUUUGCCGAGCUUGAUCGAAGUGGUGAUUUCAAGGUUACCUCCGAAGAAUUUGCUGACCUAUGCAAUACCAUUGCAAUAAAAUUUCAGAAAGAACCGCCGCCGUCUUAUCUGGAAAAGUUCCCAUUCUACCAUUCACCAGUUUGUGGAAGGUUGAAAUCUUUUGUGCGGAGCCGCACGUUUGAGUACAUUAUUGUUUUUGUUCUUCUGAUAAACCUAGUUGCCGUCAUUAUCGAAACAACGCUUGAUAUAGAAAACAGCUCCUCACAGGAAACGUGGCAGGAAGUAGAGUUCUUUCUUGGAUGGAUUUAUGUAGCUGAGAUGGCACUAAAAAUAUUUUCAUUAGGAUUUGGUGCUUAUUGGAUGGAAGGCCAAAACAAAUUUGAUUUUGUGCUUACUUGGACUAUAUUUAUUGGAGAGACUCUAACGUUUGCCUUCCCGUCAAAGCUUCCCUUUCUUUCAAAUGGAGAAUGGAUUCGGUAUCUUCUCCUUGGAAGGGUGUUGCGCUUAACAAGAAUUUUGCUGCAAGUUCAACGUUUCAGAGCAUUUGUCGCGACAUUCUUUACCCUGAUGUCUAGUUUGAUGCCAUAUUUGGGGAUAGUAUUCUGUAUUCUUUGCAUGUACUGCUCCCUUGGUUUGCAGAUUUUUGGGGGCAUUGUGUAUGCUGGAAACCCAACACUAGAAGAAACGGACCUCUUCAGUAAUGACUAUCUUCUUUUUAACUUCAAUGACUAUCCAAGUGGUAUGGUUACUCUGUUCAAUUUGUUAGUGAUGGGCAAUUGGCAAGUAUGGAUGGAGAGUUAUUGGCAACUGACUGGAAGUUCUUGGAGCCUGAUUUAUUUUGUCAGCUUUUACCUUAUUUCAAUAUUACUACUGCUUAAUCUGAUUGUAGCAUUUGUAUUGGAGGCAUUUUUUGCUGAGAUGGAACUGGAGAAAGGUGAAGAGGUUGAUAUCCAGAGUCCUACGUCUGGAGGAAUAAAGAAACGUCGGUCUAUGCGUGUGAGGUCAAAGGGUACGAUGGUUGAUAUUCUUCUGCACCAUAUGCUGAGCAAUGAACUUGAUGGAUCUCAAAACUCUUGAUCAAUGACUGGAUGGAAGCAAGAAAAUACACGAGCGCCUUCCUGAUGAAAACGUACAUGAAUGAUUACAACCACCAUAUUCCCAAGCAUGGAGUGUGUAGCAGCCACGAUAAAUUUUUGAGUAGAGCUGUGACGGACUCGAUUUGCUUCCUCUUUCAUCAUCAAGAAAUACAUCGAAUAUGCGUACUUGGAAUAUGCGUAUUUGUGUCGGGUCGAUUUUAUACUGCUGUCUGUCAGUCUGGUAGAGUUUUAUAUACUCUGUCUCAGUCAGCAUACCAACAAGCAACUAAAGAAGAGUUCAAGUCACCACUUCAAAGUGUAGUCAGCAACUUGUAUAAAACAAAAGGAACUGUACUGGAAAUCAAUAUGAUACUACAGGCUCUGGUACAUUUUUCUGUAACUAAUCCUAUAUCAGUCCAAAUACUAUCAAUAUGAUACUACAUUCUCUGUUA